UCUCUCAUCCUACUUAAACACGUCCGUCUCUUUCUCCAUCUAUUUUUAGUUUUUAUGUGCAAACACAUUUAUUUAAAACCCUUUUAGCACCCGUAUAAAUACCCCACCUCAUGCAACUUACCUCUUUGCUUAUCACAUUUCCCACUCUCUUCUCUCUCGUUCACACCUGACACCACCCUUCCUUCUCUCUCUCUCUCUCUCUCUUAAACACAAACUAUACGUCCUUCUCUCCCUUUCUCUCCGACUCUCUCCCCAAUCUCUCUCGUUCUCUCUCACUCUCUCUCAAUCUCUCUCGGUCUCCCUGACUCUCUCCCCUUUAAACACAAACUAUACGUCCUUAUCUCCCAGUCUCUCUCACUCUCUCCCAAAUCUCUCUCGUUCUCUCACACUCUCUCCCAAAUCUCUCACGGUCUCCCUCACUCUCUCCCCAAUCUCUCUCGGUCUCCCUCACUCUCUAAGUCUCUAUCCAAUUUCUCUCGGUCUCCCUCACUCUCUCCCUAAUCUCUCUCUUUCUCUAGUGAUGGAAGAAGUACAGUUCGAACAAAGUGAACAAAACAACACAAACAGACACUUGAAACUCUUCGGCUUCAACGUGACCGAACUAGAAGAAGACGACGAAGCCGACUCCUCCACCAAAACACCCUCGGCCUCCUCCGAGUCCGGUGGUUUCCCAACCACCGACGGCCGAAAAUACGAGUGCCAGUACUGCUGCCGUGAGUUCGCCAACUCACAAGCCCUAGGCGGUCAUCAAAACGCUCACAAAAAAGAGCGACAACAACUAAAACGAGCUCAAAUGCAAGCCACACGAAACGCCGCCGUUUCCUACAUGCGCAACCCUAUCAUCUCCGCCUUCUCUCCGCCGCACCAUCUACUGAGCCAGGCCGGACCCAUGAUGCUUCCGUCGUCUCCGUCGUGGGUUUAUGUGCCACGCGCCGCUGCUCCGUUCGAGGUGUCGCAUGGCUGUGUGUUUCCGAGUUCGAGAGGGGCAGGGGCUUUACAGUAUGCUAGCGGAGCAGGUGAUCAGUCGAGUAGUGUUGGGCCACAACAAGUGCGGGCUUGUCAUGAUGGGCCUUCACUUAGUAGGUUCUCGAGAGCGGACGGUGGGCCCAGUUUUGAUGAUGCAUUUGGUUUAGAUUUGCACCUCAGCCUUGCACCAUCCUCGAGUCUUGAUUAAGCAGUGGCUCAGUGACUUUUUUUCCGGUAGUGAAGAUUAUUAUAUAUUAUAUAUAAGUUAAUUUCUUAUUAGGCUGAUCUUGUAUAUUUUUCAGAUUUAAUUUAUUAAUUUUAUGGA